GACAUUGUUUGUUUGUUAGUUAGACGUAUGUGAAAAAGUUAGUGCUGAAAUUUUUGCAAAAAUAUCAUUUUAAAACGUAUAAAUUUAACAAAAAAGUGUAAAAUAUUUAUUUCCCAAUACCAAAUUACAAAAAAGUGUUGAAAAUCUUUCGAAAAUUGUGGAUUUAAAAGUGUUUUUCGAGCAAUCAUUUCUCAUAUUUUCCUUCACAUUGCCUAAAGUAACGAAUUGAAUGUUCGUAUGGGCAAUAAGAAAUUAAAGAUCAUUCGUUGCUCUCUAACAAAAAAGAAAUAACUAGUAAAUCGCAAAACGUAAAAAUUUACUCGUCGCUAAAUAAAUUGACAUAAUAAUACAAAAAAUAAAUAAUAAAAAUAUAAAAAUAAAAAUUGUUAUAAUUUAUUAAAAAAAAAAAUAAAAAUGGUGAAGAAUGUGCUAAACAACAACUAAAACAACGAAGAAAAUAUCCAAAGUGCAAUGUGACUAUUUGCUGUUUAAAAAUUUGAAAGUUUUAUGAAUAGUAAAGCUACAAAUAGACCUAUAUUCCAAAAAUAUCAGCGCACAAUAAAUGCAAUUAAUAAAAACUGAAUAAAAUAAAUUUUGAAUAAAUAAAAUUUGGUAUUAUUUUGUAUAUUACAAUUGUUGCCUCUAAAAACAAACAAAAAUUUGUAUUAAUUGUGUGAUAUGACUGCUAAAUAUUGCAAGAAUGCAUCAAGCGGGCGGAAAAAGUGGUCGCCCCAAAAAUAAAUAUACAGCUGAAGCUCUUGAAACUAUAAAACAGGAUUUAACGAGAUUUCAAGUUCAAAAAGAUAAUGGCAUACAACAGAAUUUUAAUCAUUUGCGAUAUUCUGCUGUCAACGGUCGCCCCGAUGCACCGGAAUAUCAUCAUGCUAAACCGCCGAUGGAACCACCUCCGUCGGCAUCACCAUCACCUGCGAUAUCAACCUCAACUCAACUUAAUGGUCACGUGCCAAAGGUUUUGCCACAAUCAAUAAUCCCACCCAAACUCAAUCGAAAGGCAAGUAUAGAGCGUGAGCUUCCUAUGAACUAUCUGCGAUGCAGUCCGGCUUUAGAUUCCGGAGCUGGGAGCUCACGUUCGGAUAGUCCACACUCACAUCAACAACUUACAUGUGCUAGUCGCGCAAGUACCGGACAAUAUUCACCAUCGCCAUCGAGCUUUAGCGAUGUGGCUCCGCCUGCACCUCCACCACGUAAUCCAACAUCUGCUAACUCUGCCACACCACCACCACCACCGCCAUCAAAUCAACACUAUAAACGACGUUCGCCAGCCACAACGCGUCCUGCAGCCAUAACGCCUAAUCCCACACGCGGUACAUCACCAGUGAUACCACAGAACGGCAUCAAGGCUCAGCAACAAUUGUCGCAACAAAUGAAGGCCCUUAGUUUGUAUCAGUCGGGUGGCGGUAGUGCUGUGGAGCCGCCGCCACCAUAUCCCCUAAACACGGUAAUGGUACCCACAUCUGCUCCACCACCAAGUUACUCAGCUUCUAUCCAAUCGAGGCAAUCUCCUACACAGUCUCAAUCGGACUAUCGCAAGUCGCCGAGUAGUGGCAUUUAUUCGGCCACUUCUGCCGGCUCGCCCAGUCCAAUUACGGUUACAAGCAGUGCAAUUCCUCCACCACUUCAGCCAUCAUCGGUGGCGCGACCACAGCCUCGUGUUUAUCCAACACGCACUCAACAGCCGAUUAUUAUGCAGAGUGUCAAGUCAACGCAAGUCCAAAAGCCGGUUUUGCAAACGGCCGUUGCGCCACAAUCGCCGGUGACGGCGUCAGCAUGUAACUCACCAGUUCACAUUCUGCCAGCUCCACCAUCGUAUCCACAAAAGAGUGCAGCUGUUGUUCAACAGCAGCAGCAACAGUCGCCACUCUUAGCAGGUGGAGUACCAACUGUAGUUAGUAAGCCCACACCACCGACUCCAACGACACCUCCGUUAAUCGCAAAUGCCUUAAAUGGCACUGUUAUGACUAAAUCGCCCUGUGUAGAGCCCCCGUCGUACGCUAAAAGUAUGCAGGCCAAAGCUGCGCAACAUCAUCAGCAGCAACAUCAACAGGUGGCGGCGAUACAACAACAGCAGCAACAACAACUGCAAGCCCAGUUAAGGGCUGCUGCUGCUCUGGCUCAACAAAAGCCCUCUGUUUCAGUGCCCGUAGUUGGUGGACGCCAACUGCCUCCACCACCUCCGUAUCAAAGCACUCGUACAUCAUCAGCUGUUCCACCACCUCUCAUAUCUUCAUCGUCAUCCUCACCUCACGAAAUGAAUACAAAUAAUGGUGUCGUCGGAGUAGGAGGAGCAAAUGGAUUAAACAAUAACCAAAUUACAAAUAGUAAUUUGACUACUACGCCACCAAUACCUCCGUCUAAAAAUAUGAAUAAUAAUGGCGGCAGUAAUGGCAGUGCUGGUGAAUCUGUAGCUUCAUCGUCUUCUGGGGCUGCAGCGUCGAGUAGUAGCAAAUCUACACCACCCGACAACGUUAAGAAAAUAAAACACGCCUCUCCCAUACCCGAGCGUAAAAAAGUGUCCAAAGAAAAGGAAGAAGAACGCAAGGAAUGUCGCAUAAGGCAGUACUCUCCGCAGGCCUUCAAAUUCUACAUGGAACAACACAUUGAAAAUGUUCUCAAAUCCUAUAAACAGAGAACAUUCCGCAAGAAUCAAUUGGAAAAAGAGAUGUUAAAGAUCGGUCUAUCCACACAAACUCAAGUCGAAAUGAGAAAGAUGCUGAACCAGAAGGAGAGCAAUUACAUACGUCUCAAAAGAGCCAAAAUGGAUAAAAGUAUGUUCGUCAAGAUAAAGCCCAUUGGAGUGGGCGCAUUCGGUGAGGUAACACUGGUCCGUAAAAUCGAUACCACCAACCAUUUGUAUGCAAUGAAAACUCUACGAAAAGCCGAUGUACUCAAGCGCAAUCAAGUGGCUCAUGUGAAAGCAGAACGUGAUAUUUUAGCUGAGGCCGAUAAUAAUUGGGUUGUCAAACUGUACUAUAGUUUUCAGGACAAGGACAAUUUGUAUUUUGUCAUGGACUACAUACCGGGUGGUGAUUUGAUGUCACUGCUAAUCAAAAAGGGUAUUUUCGAGGAGCCCUUAGCUCGAUUUUACAUAGCGGAACUAACUUGUGCCGUAGAAAGUGUACACAAAAUGGGUUUUAUUCAUAGGGACAUAAAACCAGACAAUAUAUUAAUUGAUCGAGAUGGCCAUAUAAAACUAACUGAUUUUGGUUUAUGUACUGGCUUUCGAUGGACUCACAAUUCGAAAUACUAUCAGGAGAAUGGAAAUCAUGCUAGACAGGAUUCAAUGGAACCAUGGGAAGAUUUUUCCGACAAUGGAACUAAGCCUACCGUUUUGGAAAGGCGGAGAAUGCGUGAUCACCAAAGAGUCUUGGCCCAUUCACUUGUAGGCACACCCAACUAUAUCGCUCCAGAAGUACUAGAACGCAGUGGAUACACUCAACUAUGUGAUUGGUGGAGUGUUGGUGUGAUACUUUAUGAAAUGUUGGUGGGACAACCACCAUUUUUAGCCAAUAGUCCUGUUGAAACACAACAAAAGGUCAUCAAUUGGGAAAAGACGCUACAUAUACCACCGCAAGCAAAACUAACACGAGAAGCUACCGAUCUUAUCCUGAGACUUUGCUCAUCAUCCGACAAACGUUUAGGGAAAAAAGCCGACGAAGUUAAAGCUCAUGAUUUUUUCAAAGGUGUCGAUUUUGCUGAUAUGCGCCGUCAAAUUGCACCAUAUAUUCCAAAGAUUGAACAUCCCACAGACACAUCUAACUUUGAUCCAAUUGAUCCAGAGAAAUUGCGCUCCGAUUCAAAUAUGAGCGGCGAUGAAUUCAAUGAUGACAAGCCAUUUCACGGUUUCUUCGAAUUCACAUUUCGUCGCUUCUUUGACGAUAAACUUAAUCCAGAUGUAAUGGAUGAUCAGUCACCGGUGUAUGUAUGAGAAUGAAACAAUCAUGUAAGUGUUUAUGCUGUGGACAAAAAAAGUAAAACAGGUUAUGAUGGCGCGUUUAUAAAUAAAUAUAAAAAUACACAUACAUAUAUAUUUAUAAAUUUCAUUAGUUAAAAAAAAAACAGAAAAAUAAGAACAAAUCAAAUGCAUAGUCAAUUUAAUUUAACAAAACAAAAGUUUUCUUUUUGUAACUUUAAACUAUCCAUAAAAUUUAAUACAAAAAAAACACACACACGCAUAUAUACAAAUAGUACAUAUAUUUAUAUACAUUUACUAUUUACUAUACAUUAUUAUGAGUAGUUAGCCCUCUUUUUUUUAAAUACAUAAUAAAUACAUAUAAACAUACAUACGUACAUGCUUAAACAAGUAUGAACUUGAGUCAUUGUCUCCAUUGCCCCACCGUAAUUUUAAUUUGAAUCCUUAGAGAAGGUGGUAUAUAGAACUCAUUGAAAUUUUCUAAAUGGAACUAUUGUAGUUAUAAUACUCGUAAGUUCGUUCUAAAGUAAUUUAUUAAUUUAGUUAAAAUGUUUGCCAAAAAAAAAACAAUAAAAGAAAA